GGAUACUCAUGGAUAUUACAAUACUGUCUCGACUGUAACAUUACAUUUGGAGUAUACACUGGGGGAGACGUCAAAACAGAAUUGUAACUUUCUAGCGUCUUAGAUGUAGCCUAUUUCUUUUGUUAGACUUUUAGCUGGCCACUGUUCUCAAGGGAAACUGAGCCAGGAUGAGUUGAAAAGUGUGGAUUCUGCUUCUUGGAUCUGCGAGGAGAGAGGAAGUGAAGAGGUGGAACAUCUGGACCUCAUUUGUGAGCUCCAUGAGUGGGCAAAAGCUCCAGAAAUAGGCUUAAAAAGCAUUUUCCGUAUUAAUUGUCGUCCACAAACCCGCAUCGGCGUUAUAUUUCGACACGGAGACUCUCGACUCUUUAUGGGUAUAUGACGUUUCCAUACACUCUGGGUCUCGUGUGUGUGUGUGUGUGUGUGUGUGUGUGUGUGUGUGUGUGUGUGUGUGUGUGUGUGUGUGUGUGUGUGACCGCGUAUUGUGUGCGCGCCUCCCUGACGCUCCACAGCCCCGUGGAGCUGUUGUUCCCAGAGAGCAAGCAGGACAAGCAGACGGACUGUUGGAUUAGAUUGACAAAAGAGAAAGUGCGAAUUCUUUUUUUUUUUUAAAGAACACUUCUUUGUCUCUCCCUGCUCCGGAUUCUUUGGAGUCGUCCGGCUUUCGGGUUAUCUGUGUUGGGUUUCCGCGGUGGCGCACAGACCGGUAUGGAUUUACCAGUGACGAGACAAGACACGCCGUGUAGCCCUGCACCAAAGUUUUGAUUGUCAUCGUUGCCUCCCGACCCCGGAUCAGAGGAAAGCUUUGGGACAGCAUUUGUGGAAAGCUGGUGGCCACAUGUGAGGACACUAGGAGACAAAUAUUUGUUGGAGCGACUUCUCGCUGCUCUCCACUAUAUCUCUCAUGGGGUGACCCACAUUGAGCUCAGUAGAUGUGACUGUGGGACAGGCAGCCUCCCUCCCAGCCUGGACCCUCUUCCUGUCCUUUUUCUGAAAGGCAAUGAUUAACAACGUCGACAUCCUGCACAUCUCCACUGUGUGAAUGAAUCUUUGCCGUAAAGCCGCUGUGCUCUGCCACCCUGUCACCAUGAAGAGCAAAUAUUCCCAGUACUACAAUCGGAGUCUCAUCCACUACUACUAUGCCUAUGCGAAGAAUAUGACCCCACAAGAGCUGGAAAAAUAUAUUGACAAUAAAAGAAAAGUCACACAGUUCACAACCCUCAACACUGUUUUCAUAGUCCUCUGCACCAUCAUCAUCCUGGAGAAUCUGCUGGUCCUGAUUGCAGUCUGCCGCAAUAAGAAGUUCCACUCUGCCAUGUUUUUCUUUAUUGGCAAUCUGGCUUUCUCUGACCUGCUGGCAGGCUCGGCCUAUAUAGCCAACAUUUUUCUGUCAGGGUCGACAACCUUUGAGCUGGUGCCUGUGCAGUGGUUCAUUCGGGAGGGCACUGCGUUUAUCGCUCUGGCAGCUUCAGUCCUCAGCUUGCUAGCGAUAGCGAUAGAGCGAUACACUGCCAUCACCAAGGUCAAGGUGUAUGGCUCCACCAAAACUUGCCGCAUGUUCCUUUUAAUAGGAGCUUGUUGGGUCACCUCGAUCCUGCUCGGAGGACUUCCAAUCAUCGGCUGGAACUGCAUCAACGACCGCCCCGAAUGCUCGGCUGUUCUGCCACUCUACUCAAAGAAAUACAUCCUCUUUGUUGUGACUAUUUUUAGUCUCAUACUACUUGCUAUUGUCAUCCUCUAUGUUAGGAUUUAUUUGAUUGUACGCUCCAGCCACCAGGAAGCAACCAACUCCCCAGCCUAUGCCCUUUUGAAAACUGUCACCAUAGUGCUGGGUGUCUUCAUCAUGUGCUGGCUGCCCACUUUUACCAUCCUCCUCCUGGAUUCAUCCUGCAAUAUACAGUUCUGCCCAAUUCUCUCCAAAGCAGAAAUAUUUUUCGGCUUUGCCACCCUAAACUCAGCGCUUAACCCGGUGAUCUACACACUGCGCAGCAAGGACAUGAGAAAGGAGUUUCUGCGAGUGUUGUGUUGCUGGGGGGUGCUACAAAGCGGGCGGCCUUCUGACCGUUGUCUGGUCCCUCUUAAGAGCUCCAGCUCUCUGGAACACUGCACUAACAAACACGAACACCAGACCACACCUAUCAUGCAAGACUGUACUACCUGUGUCUGAUAUGGUGGAAUAACAUCAGAGUGUUUGUGUGUGUGUGUGUGUGUGUGUGUGUGUGUGUGUGUGUGUGUGUGUGUGUGCUAGGAUAAUUGAGAGAGUGUGUGUGUUUAAAUGAGAUGAAAGAGAGGCUGUGAUGAAACAGAGAUAUAUGACAAAAGAAACAAUGACACUGACACACACUGACUUGCCUGGAAAGGCUGUGACACAGCUGUCUGUCAAGAUGCAUUUUACAAUCCAGACAUUUGUUAUUGCAAUCAAACUUGUGUGAUUUCACAACCAGCCUUCAAUCAAUACACCAAUGCAGCGGUGGUGAAAACACAAACGUUUUAAGUGGAAACCAAAACCACAGGUGAGAACUUUAAGAAAUGUGAAAAUAGAUUUUUGGGUACGCUCAUUGAUAAAUAUUGAGCUGCAAACCGUUUCCAUGUAUAUUCCUCUUAUCUUUUUUUCCCCUUUCUGAACAUGUAAAACUGUAUUCAAAGCCAAAAAAAUAUGAAACAUAAAAUGCAUAUUGUCAAAGUAAUAGUGAGUUGUUUUGGGCCUUUCGAGAACUGCAUCAAUGCAAAGCUUGCAAAGCUGCACUUUGUAGAUUACUUGAGAGAUUGUUUUCUGUUUAACCUCAUUACUCUCCUUUAUUGAAAUAUGUGUAAAUUAGGCCUACAGAUGAAUCACUUGUUCUACACAGAGCUGGAGAAAGUGAUCAACUUCAAUAAUACUGCACUCCAAAGAGGCCAAAUUAGCACGAGUGCUCCCUUAACAUAACCAGGGCUAUAUAUCCCCUAUAUAACCUUGCUUAAACUAUUGAUUAACUAUGAAAAACUUACAUAAUCUGCAUACAUGUAAUGCAUGAAUUCUAACUUAUUUGUAAGCGCUGAUGUGUAUGAUAUAUUUCAGCUCCAGCUUUCAUCACUAACACCCCUUCCCUCAUUUGUUAUCACAAUCUGUCCCUGUUGCUUUUACUGUUGUCUUUUGUAUCUUAAUAGUUUCCGUUGAGGAAGGCCUAAUCAGAAAGCACAUUUCCUGAAAUAAGUUGGCACUGAUGAAUCUUAUUCAAUGACAGCUGUCCAGCAGCUUUGACUUAUGGGACUAAUGUCCUGACAGUGUUGUAGCAACGUAGCAGCAAUGUGCUGUCUCUGUGUGUGCCUUCCUCUUUGGGAUUAAGGCUGAAUGUAUGUAUGAAGUGUUUGGGGCAGGAGCUCCAUUGUUGACAGUAUUAUUGGUCAUCAUUUUGAAUUACCAAGUCAUUGACGAGCAGAGAAGAACAGGUCAGGACACUUUCACUGUGAAGUCUUAAUAGCAACAUGAACAAGAAUUAUUUGUGAACAUCCCAGUCUGAUUUGCAAGCCAUAUGCCGUGUGCGACCAAAGACGUAGACACGUCUCAUCUUUCCAAAGACCCCCCCAACCUUCCCAAAAUAGGAGAAGAUUAAUUUUCUGUUCUCCUGGGAGGUUAACUUCACCCCCGAUCUCUGACAUCCUACAACAUGCCACUUCCUUCAGCCAUAGGAAGUCUUGUUUUUCGUUGUCCGGUUCCUGUUGUUCGGGAUUGGAUUUACCUUCUUCCUGUAGACAGACAUUCAAAAACUCCUCUCUCCUUCAGUGUUUUAUUGUUAUUGUUUUUGAUGUUUAGAUGGCCAAGUAGAAAUGGUGAAAAGCACUUUGGCAGCUUCAGUGAUGUUUCCCCAAAUUAUUUUCAGAUGGAGAGACAUUUUCAAUCUGUGUACCUAUCACUUCAUUGUGUUUCCUGACUCUGUGAUGUUUUCUAUAAUAAAUACAUGAAUUACUAUGUAUGUUUGUAAGUAUGUAUGUAUGUCAUUUUGUACAGUAUGUAUGAUUUGUGUGAAAUGUCUCGUGUGCAAUAGCCUUAUGUGUCAAGUAGCACGCUGCCUGUGUAAAAUCGGUACAUUUUGAAACACUAAUGUAGGUACAUAGACAUUUUGUUAAUUGCAUUCCCUUUUUAUAAAAUAAAUGAAAUACUUGAUGAAUCCA